AUGGCUGAGACCACCCCUAUCUUGCCCAAGCAGCCAUCAUCCAAUCCAGCAGCACCGUCACCAUCCACGACACAACCCCCAGCGACGCAGGACACUCCCAUACUGCCGAAACCCAUUACCGGUAACGCCGGUACGAAUGGUACCCCUGUCGUGGCACAGCAGUCGCAGCAUCAGACUACAUCUAUACAGCAUCAGCAGGUGCAGUUUAUACCGAUUGCUACUCAAAAUCAAAGUGGACAACAACCGACACAAGUUCAGCUCAUACCGGUCACAGGGCCAGGACAAACUCAACAAUUCUUAGUAAUACAACAACCCACAAUUGCUAGCCCUUCAAUACCAAUUCAGUCUACCGGUAUCCAGCAGACUAACCAGUUUUACAUUGUACAACAACCUACAGCUGGCCCCAAUCAGGCACCGCAACAGAUAGCAUUUAUACCGCUGCAGAUGCAUCCGGCUCCAGAUACGAAACCAGUAUUAGCCAGUUUGCAUGCGCAACCUCAUCAUAUACAGCAACAAACUUUACAGCAGAUGCGAAAUGUGGACAUGCAACAACCACAACAAACAAAUACAAAACAUGAAAUAGACGAUGGUAGUGCUAAUGGAGUCGCUACCCAACAAAGGAUAAAAUUAGGAAAUUUACAUUUCAUUCAAGAUCCAAAUGAUCCUCAGAAAUGGAUAAUUACUACAGCAACAGGCGAUACAACAGAGGCAUCCAGUCAAGGAUAUCGUUACAAUCGUCAAAAUGAAUUCGAUGCUACACCAAGUGCUUCAACUGUUGGUCAACAGCUAGGAUACAAGCAGCAGAAAACACCUAAAAGAACUGCGUGUAACUGUCCGAACUGUCAAAACAGUACUAACAAUAAGCUGGUUAAAAGUGGUGAGAAGCAGCGUUUACACAUUUGUCACUUAUGUGAAAAAACCUAUGGAAAGACGUCACAUUUGCGAGCACAUUUAAGAGGACAUGCAGGGCAAAAACCGUUCGCGUGCGACUGGGCACAUUGUCAGAAAAGGUUCACACGUUCCGAUGAAUUGCAACGGCAUCGUAGAACACAUACUGGUGAGAAACGUUUUGCUUGCGGCCAUUGUGGAAAAAAAUUUAUGCGAUCAGAUCAUUUAACAAAACACGAAAGGACACAUUCAACAGUACGUGGACAUGGCAAUUCAGAAUUAAGCACACGAGCACGUGGUUCUGUAGACGCAACAGUGCGGGCGGUAGCAUCAGCAGAAGUUAAUUCAUCACAAGCGAAUCUGAUCACUACACAGCAAUCGGCUAUCAUUAAUUCAAAUUAG